CCGACGGACAAGUUUUGUUGCGACAUCAGCACGCACACAGCACGCUAGACUCAGGAAGCGGGCCGUCCAAGGGAUUGUAGUGGUGCGAGUUGCACAGAGAUAUAAGCGAGCGCUUGGGUCGAAAAUCUGUUGCUGGUGUUAGGGGAACAUCUCUUUGUCGACGAAGCAACCAAGCAGCCAGAGAGGAGAGAGGUGGCAGACGCGCAGUGCGCUGCAGCAGAGCACCGGAGGGAAGCUGGACCUGAAAGCGUCGCACCAUGUCUAGGGACUCGAACUAUGACCACCAGAUCACGGUAUUCUCUCCCCAGGGAAGAUUGUACCAAAUAGAGUAUGCGUUCAAGGCGGCGAUGGGGCCGGGCUUGACGUCAGUGUCCGUGAGGGGAAAGGAGACGAGCGUCAUGGUCACCCAGAAAAAAGUCCCGGAUCGGUUGAUCGACCCUACCUCCGUGACGAACAUCUUCAAGAUCACCGACAAGAUUGGCUGUCUCAUGACGGGCAUGAUCGCCGACUCGAGAGUGUUGGUGCAGCGGCUGCGGUACGAGGCCCACGAGUUCCGCUUCAAGUACGGCUACGACUGCCCGGCGCACGUGCUGGCCAGGCGCAUCGCCGACAUCGCGCAGGUGUACACGCAGCAGGCGUCCAUGCGCGCCCUCGCGUGUGUAGCGAUGCUGAUCGCCGUCGACGACGAGAAGGGACCUCAGCUCUUCAAGGGAGUUGUGGACCCUGCGGGGCACUACUUCCCUUACAAGGCGACGUCUUCGGGCAGCAAGGAGCAGGAGGCCAUGAACUGGUUGGAAAAGAAGGUGGAUGGGUUGAUGGAGAUGGACGAAGAUGCCACGAUACGCUGUGCCAUCCAGUGCCUUCAGGCCGUCACCGACUUCAGGGGGAACGAGGUGGAGGUGGGGGUGGUGUCUGGCAAGGGGCGGUUCAAGACUCUGGAUGAGGACUCCAUCGAGGCGCACCUUGUCGCCAUCAACGAAAUGGAGUCGUAGCUCAAGUAGCUUUGAGGGGCGUUCCGGGUGUGGAGUUUGGGGUACCCGGGGGUGUGGGGGUGCCCCGCGCCUGCUGAGAAGUAUCUCCGGUGCGGGAUGGAGCCAGGCAGGGGGGGGCUAUUCACCCGUGCCGGUUUCAUCUCCUUGGCCGGAAUGGUGAUUGCCAUACCUCGGGCCAUUGGCUUCAUUAGCGGUUUCCCGCGUCAUUUUUCAGGUCGAUGGUGGUAUGUAGGGCGCGGAGGUACCGGCCCGGGUCAACAGCGGUAUUGUUGUAGAAGUACGUUACUCUCUAAAACGCUGUGGUCAUGGCGGCCUGUGACGCUUGUGGUUCACUGUAGCGUCCGGCAGUGGUUCAGCUAAACACGAGAGAAUCGAAACACGAGGGAGCUCAUGACGGAAAAAACAUUAUGUGAUCGAUUUGCCUGUGUGCCGUUGCCUCACGGCCACCAUUUUUCGAAGAGAGAAAUGACGCCUGUGAUCAAAAUCAUUUCGGCCUGUAAUGCCACUGAUUCGAACUGGGUCAUCUUGAGAUGAGGUUCUGUUCUCCCAAAUGAAAGAAAUACAGCACGAUCCAGGUGCUGCCGUGGAGGGCUCUUGCCAACUCUUGUAAGUCAAUCGUACUUCACCCAAAAUAUAUACCACGUGUGCAUUAGUAAACUUCUGGCCCAUUUAAUGCAGAGAUUCUGGUCUUGACAAGUUCUCGGCAAACAAUGGGUGUUUUAUUGCGGGGAUUCCGGUUUCCAGUCUUGAAAAGUUUUCGGC